UCAUUUAAUUUUAAAUUAUCAUUUUCUGUUUCUUGUUUCAUCGUUACAUCCUAUUUAUCCCCUUUUUUUAAUUUUUGGGUUUUUGUUUUUUUAGAAAAUUUUGGACGGUGAUUGCUGUGAACGGCUAAACUUCUAUUCAUAUUCAUGGCCUGGUUACAAAAUUUUCGAAGUUUAUUUCAGAGAGGAGGAGGAAUGACAGAGAUCAAUCUCGGUUCACAUACAAUAAGAAGUCAUGGGUCCAAAUUGGCGAAAACCCAUAUGCACGAUUGGAUUAUUUUGGUUCUUCUUGGCGUUCUCGACGUCAUUCUGAAUCUUAUUCAUCCGUUUUACCGGUUUGUGGGGAAGGAGAUGAUGGCGGAUUUCAAAUACCCGAUGAAAGAAAACACAGUGCCCAUCUUGGCUGUUCCUAUUUAUGCAGUUUUGCUGCCAAUUCUUGUUUUCCUGAUAUUUUAUUCUCGUAGGAGAUGUGUUUAUGAUCUUCAUCACGCCAUUUUAGGCAUUUGUUAUGCUAUGCUGAUUACUGGCGUCAUUACUGACGCUAUCAAAGUUGCAACCGGCCGCCCUCGUCCCAAUUUCUUUUGGCGCUGCUUUCCUGAUGGAAUUGAGAAUUUUGAUGGGCCGUUUGGAGAUGUGAUAUGUCAUGGCAAAGAGAGUGAAAUAAAAGAGGGACACAAAAGUUUUCCAAGUGGUCAUACUUCAUGGUCAUUUGCAGGCUUAGGUUUCCUCUCACUGUACUUAUCAGGAAAAAUCAAGGCAUUCGAUCAAAGAGGGCAUGUGGCAAAGCUUUGCAUUGUUCUUCUUCCUCUCCUCCUUGCAGCCCUCGUUGGUGUUUCUCGAGUUAGUGACUAUUGGCACCACUGGCAAGAUGUGUUUGCAGGUGGCUUUAUAGGUCUGCUUGUGGCCACUAUUUGCUAUCUGCAGUUCUUCCCACCGCCGUAUUAUGACGAAGGAUGGGGACCGUAUGAAUAUUUCCGAGCAUGCAAGGAGUCAAAUAGUGAACCUAAUAGGCUCAUUAUGCAGCCGAUGGAGAGUCAUGAUGUGAGUAACAAUGGUAAUUCAUUUAUCCCAUUACAUAUUGAAAGCUCUUCAAGAUCAUCAAUGGAUGAUGCAAUGGAGGCGGGAAGAAGGUGAUAGAUAGAUACUAUCUCCUAAAAAGCUCUCUAGUAGUAUCUUAUACUUAUAUUUGAGUAAUGCUUUUUAUCUUUUACGAAUUUACGUUAUAAUAAUCUUUCUCUAUUUGAUAUAGAAUAUUUUUUUGUUCAUUCCAA